CAUGCGCAGUGGGAGUGACGUAGCAAACAGGCCUUAGGCAAGGCAGACGGUUGGCAGGUGAGUGGAGAUUGGGGUUGAAGGUCGGUCGCUUUAUACCAGUGUGUGAGACUGGAGUCCUGCCUGUGUGUGUAGCUGUAUCACUGCUGCGGCCUAACACUGCAUCGGCAGACUGGUAGCCUCUGUUUUCUGCGCUUAUGGGUUUCAGGAACUUGGAGAUGGCACCUUGCCCACAAGCCUCUUCCUUCUGCGACCUGAGCUAUUCGACAGUUAUGAAGUAAUUGUGCAAAGGCUGAGGCAACUUGCUGCUGAACAUUUCUGGAUCUGGGAUCACUUGCCUGGUCAGAGAUGUUCCGGAAGACCCUGUUGGAUUUGGCGGGCCGGGGGGCUCUAAAGCCCCUUCCAGUUACUUUAUCACUCCUGCCCAUUCGUUCUCGCUCCACCUCUGCCACAGACCACCACCAUACUGAACUGGCCAGGGAGCGCUCCAAAACUGUCACCUCUUUCUACAACCAAUCCGGCAUUGAUAUUUCAGCAGAGAAGGCCUCUGUCCGGCUCACUCCAACUACUAUGCUUUACUCGGGAAGGUCUCAGGAUGGCAGCCAUAUUCUGAAAAGUGCUCGCUACUUGCACAAGGAGCUCCCGGUCCGGAUUUCCCAUCGCAUCAAAGGCUUCCGCAGUCUCCCGUUUAUCAUCGGCUGCAAUCCAACAAUCCUGCAUGUGCACGAGUUGUACAUCCGAGCCUUCCAGAAGCUGAGCGAGUUCCCCCCGAUCUCUGACCAUGAGACGGAGAGUCAGUACUGUAAGCUCCUGAGGCAGCUGCUCGAUGAUCACAAGGACGUGGUGACUCAAUUGGCGGAGGGGUUAAGAGAAAGCCGGAAACACAUCCAGGAUGAGAAAGUCAUCAGUUAUUUCCUGGAUAAGACUUUAACCUCACGCCUGGGCAUCCGAAUGUUGGCAACACACCACCUGGCUCUGCACGAAGAACGGCCAGACUUUGUUGGCAUUAUCUGUACCCGCCUGUGGCCUAAGAAGAUCAUUGAGAAAUGGGUGGACUUUGCCAGGCGUCUGUGUGAACACAAGUAUGGAAAUGCCCCCCGAGUUCGCAUUAAUGGCCAUGUUGCUGCUCGAUUCCCUUUCAUCCCCAUGCCACUGGAUUACAUUCUACCGGAGCUCCUCAAAAACUCUAUGCGGGCCACCAUGGAAAGUCACAUUGACACUCCCUACAACGUCCCAGACAUUUCAAUUACCAUCGCUAAUAACGACAUUGACUUCAUAAUCAGGAUCUCAGACCGAGGAGGUGGGAUCCCACACGAUCACUUGGAACGGGUAAUGGAUUACCACUUUACCACUGCAGAGACCAGCACUCAGGAUCCCCGCAUCAACCCCAUUUUUGGAAACAUGGUGGACAUGGUGAACAGCGGCCAGUCGGGCCCUAUGCACGGUUUUGGCUUUGGCCUCCCCACGUCCCGGGCAUACGCGGAGUAUCUGGGCGGAUCCCUGUGCAUCCAGUCUCUCCAAGGCAUUGGCACGGACGUCUACCUGCGGCUCAAGCACAUCGAUGGCAGAGAAGAAAGCUUCCGCAUCUGAGGAUCUGCCUUUUGCUGCUGCCAGAAGAAACCGCACCAAUGUUGCCUCCCUAGUGGCUCUUGGGAAUUUAUUAACGGUUUCUUUGCUUUCCCUGCUAGAGAAUUCCAUUCCCCCAACCACCACCAUGUUCCUUGACAUUAGCCUCCAUUGCUAAGGCUCUUCCCCUCCUGCCUGAUAAUCUCUUGGCAUCUGACUGGUCUCAUCCACGUGACCGGCAUGACUGAAGCAGCCAACCCUCCGCUCUGAUCUGGGCAAGUGUCUGUUACUGAAACCCGUCUUUUUAUUGCAGUAAAGAGGCUCCGGAUAGAGCCAUCAAUUUUAGACUUGAAACUUGUAUUGAUCAAUCAAUCCUCAUGUUCUCAACCAAUGACAUGCGUGGAAUAAUGCGCCUCCAACUGCCAACUACAAUUAUUUACCCUUCUGUCUGAGAUUUUCUGGCCUAGAGAAGGUCAUGGCUUUAGCUGAGCUUGUUACAGACCUGCUGGAAUACUGCCCUUGUCAUGAUAAAUACAUUACUGGGACAUCGGCUCAGAGAAGCCCCUCCCUACCCUGCUCUACAACUGUCUGUUAUCCCCGACUUGUUUGUGUGAUCCAACCUUAUAUAAUGUGUUUAUUGAUUGAUGAUUGCAGUAUGACCUCAGGAACACUACAAAUAUAUAUAUCUGUCACAGCCAGACGGAAGCUGGAAUUAUUGUGUCUGUAUUGGGGUAACACCCUGCAAAUACCACUUCUACCACCAGCUGCUGCUUUAAAGCUUGAAACCCAAGGAGAUAGAAAAACCUUCCUCUUUAACCCUUUAAAUGCCGCCUUGACUUGCAACAGCAGGAGCAAAGGACCUUGGCACAGAAACAGUUAAGCAUAGUUGUUUCAGCAGAUAAAUUAUUUCACCAAAAAGAAGCAGAAUCCAAGAAACACAUUAUUAUUAAUAAGUGGGGCUUAUUCUCUCUCGUCUGGUGUCCCUUGCGUUUCAGCUUGCGCAGCCAUUUUUUAUCGGCUCACCCCCAGGUGUAAAGAAGGACAGACAGAGGGAGAGCAACUUUAAAAGCCUGGUAAUCUGUUACGCCAAAUGCAUGUGAUUUCUCACCUGCUCCCAAUUGCCACAUGUUCCCUCACUGAUAUUUCUGCUUUCCUUUUCACUGGACGGCAACAUGGACUCCAUGACAGGUGGAGAGAUGGCGGAGCAGCCGGUGCCAUGUGCAAUGAUGAGUAUACAGCAGAGAGGAGGACAAGCUCAUGGAUUUAUUAUUUUUUUCAUUUUAUGGCCUUUAAAAAUGUUUUUUUU